ACUCACUUACAGGCAGCAGGUGCCCUUUUUUCUCUCUUUAUCCCCCCCUUCCUUAAUCUUAGCGUUUCAUCCUAUUCAUCCGAUUACUGUUAUUCAUCAAUUCUGUUGCUUCAACCGUUGUUCGGUUUUAGAUCCUUGAUCUCAGUUUCUGUUGCUUCAAUCGUUCGUUUUUAGAUCCUUCAUCUCAGUUUCUUUCCGUUGUUUCAAUCCUUCGUUUUUCGAUCUUUUUUUGAUCUCGGUUUCUUUCGGUCGUUUCAAUCGAUCGUUUUUACAUCUUUCGUAGUUUUGCUAUUUCAAUUGUUAGUUUUAGAUCCUUGAUCAGAGUUUCUGUUGUUUCCGUCUGUUCGUUUUUAGAUUUUUAAUCUAAGUUUUGUUAAUCAAUCGUUCGUUUUUCGAUCGUUUUUGUUGUUUCAAUCGUUCGUUUUUAGAUCGUUUUUUGUUAAAUCGUUAGUUUUACAUAUCUGAUCGCACUAGAUUUAUUAUUAUUUCUGAAUUUUGUUGUUUCAAUCGUUCGUUUUUAGAUCGUUUUUUGUCAAACCGUUCGUUUUACAUCUCCGAUCGCAAUAGAAUUAUUAUAAUUUCUGAAUUUCAGUCGUUCGUUUUUUGAUCGUUUUUGUUGUUUUAAUUGUUGGUGUUUAGAUCGUUGAUUGUGAUGGGGAAGGUGACGGUUGCAGUGGCGGUGAUCGGAGGCGCAGCGGUGUGUGCUGCAGCGGCGUUGGUUGUGCGACACCGGAUGCAGAUAUCAAAACAAUGUGUGAAGUCUGCUGAUAUUCUCAAGGAAUUGGAGGAGAAAUGUGCGACUCCUACGUCGAAAUUGAGGCAGAUUGCUGAUGCGAUGACGGUUGAGAUGCAUGCUGGACUUGCUUCUGAAGGUGGUAGUAAGCUUAAGAUGCUUAUCAGCUACGUUGAUAAUCUUCCCACAGGUGAUGAGGAAGGAGUGUAUUAUGCGUUGGAUCUUGGGGGAACAAACUUUCGGGUUCUGCGGGUGCAGUUGGCUGGAAAGUCUGGUAUCGAGUUUCAAGAGUUUGCUGAGGUGUCAAUCCCUCCUCAGUUGAUGGUUGGAACUUCAGAAGCACUUUUUGACUACAUUGCCGCAGAACUUGCUAAAUUUGUUGCUGAUGAAAGUGAAAAGUUUCGGCUUCCUGCAGGCAGACAAAGGGAGUUGGGUUUCACCUUCUCGUUUCCUGUCUUGCAAUUAUCUAUUGAUUCCGGGACUCUUAUUCGCUGGACAAAAGGCUUCUCUAUUGGCGAAAUGGUCGGCAAAGAUGUGGUUGCGGAAUUGACAAAAGCAAUGGAAAGGCAAGGUGUUGAUCUGCGUGUUUCUGCACUGGUAAAUGAUACAGUUGGAACAUUGGCAGGAGGGAGAUACGAUAACAAAGAUGUUUUUAUAGCCGUGAUUUUGGGUACCGGAAGUAAUGCAGCUUAUGUGGAACGGGCUCAAGCUAUCCCAAAAUGGCACGGCCCACAUCCUAAAUCAGGAGAGAUGGUGAUCAACAUGGAAUGGGGUAACUUCAGGUCAUCACAUCUUCCCUUAACUGAGUAUGAUAACACACUGGAUGCUGAAAGUUUGAACCCUGGGGAACAGAUUUUUGAGAAAAUGAUUUCUGGCAUGUAUUUGGGAGAACUUGUUCGUAGAGUUCUAUGUAGGAUGGCUGAUGAAGCUGCUCUUUUUGGAGAUACAGUACCCCCCAAAUUAAAAACUCAAUUCAUAUUAAGGACACCUGAAAUGUCUGCAAUGCAUCAUGACACAUCAUCUGAUCUCAAGUUGGUAGGGAACAUAUUGCAAGACGUAUUAGAGAUACCCAAUACAACCCUCUCAACAAGAAAAAUAGUGGUUGAGGUAUGCAAUGUCAUUGCCACACGAGGCGCUCGUCUAGCCGCGGCAGGAAUUCUAGGCAUUCUAAAGAAAACCGGACGGGAUACAAUUAAAGACAGUGAGGUCCCCAAGACUGUCAUCGCGAUGGACGGAGGAUUAUACGAACACUACAAGGAAUACCGACAUUGUGUCAAGAACACUUUGAACGAGUUAGUCGGGGACGAACUCGCAAAACACAUUAAACUUAUACACUCCGAGGACGGGUCCGGAAUCGGUGCUGCUCUUCUUGCCGCCUCUCAUUCCCAAUACAUCUAGGUGUUUGGGUCCGUUAGAAGGUGAUCAGAAUCGCGAUGUUGUCGUUUACAUACGAUAUGUUCUGGUCUAGAUGUUACUUUGAUUACGCCUACUUUGGCGUGGGUAUAGUGAUCGGAAAUUGUUGUUGAAACUCCCUUCAGAGUUCUUAGGAUAGGUGAGAUCUGUUUUGGAAAAUGGUUUAAGUUAUGUUGAAGAUGUAUGAAUUUAUUUAGGAUGUGAAAGUCGCAUUGCUUUUGCUACAAGUUUUGU